UAUAACUGGAUAAAAUGGCGGCUAAGUUUAGUGACAAUGCAUCGGAUGAAUUUAUGGACACAAACUGUUGUGUAUGUGCCGGUAAAAAGAUAACACGUAAAGCUGAAAAUUUCUGUGUAGAAUGUCAGGACUAUUACUGUAUACCAUGUACUGACACACACAAAACAUUUCCGUUAAUGAGGGGACACAAGUUGCUGGAUAAAUCAGAUUUCAGUACACAUUUUCUAUUGUCAUCUUUGCCAUGUUUCCCUACAGAGAGGUGUAAGAUUCACAAAGCCAAAAUCUUGGAUAUGUUCUGUAAGAACCAUGAUGAGAUUGUCUGCGUCACUUGUGUAGCUAUAAAUCACAGAGCAUGUCAGAGUAUACACUCCAUUCCGGACGAAGUUGAUUAUCUAUAUAAUCAAUCAAAUUCUGAUGAAACCAAGGAACAACUCACUGCAGCAAAGAAGACUGCAGAGGAUAAAAAGAAAGUCAUACAGCAAAUUCUCAGUGAUCUAAAGAAACAAAAGCAAAAAGCAACUGAUUCUAUCAUAAACUACAGAAGAGAACUGGAGGCCGAGCUCAAGAGACUUGAAACUGGAUCGCUUGAAGACUUGGAUGUGCAGUGCAAAAGUAUGGAAAGAUAUCUACAGAGUGAGAUCAAGGUAGCCGAGAAAGAUAUCGAUGACCUGGAACUAUAUGCUUCCAAGCUACAAAAGUCUAAUGGAAAUAAAGCCCAAGAAUUUGUAUGUGCCAAAUCUGCUCAGAAAAUAAUCGAUAAAGCUAAAACUUCCACAAGCACUAUACAAAAUCAAACAGAAGAGAAAAAAGGGUUUUUUUCUGCUGAUAGGACAAUCAAAAAGUACCUAAUACAAUUAAAGGCAUUAGGACAGGUGUCUAAAGCGGAAGCAACCUACAAGGUGAAACAGCAGAAGAAUAUUCAUAAAUGGGCUAAAGAAUACAAAUAUACAAUGUAGAAUACUUCGAUCCUGUUUUACUCAGGAUGGCUCCUUGCUGCUUGCUGAUAACAAUAAUAACAAGUUUAAACGUCUAGAUGCUUCUAUAGAUACCAUCAUAGAUCAUCUAGAUUUGGAGGAAGGACCUAUUGCUGUAUGUCUAACCAGCCAACAAGAAGCUGCAGUAAGUCUGACAAACAACAACAUACAGUGUGUAUCACUAAAAGAGAAGAGGAAAACAACAAGGAACAAACUGAAGAUGGGUCAUUACUGUUGUGGUUUGGUUUUCAAUGAUGGGAUUUUUUUCAUAUCUGAUAGAAACAAAACUUUAUAUUCAUGAUGUAAGUGGCACCAUUUUACAUAAAAUUACAAAUGACAAAUCAGGCAACCGAAUUUUCACUGGAAGUAAACAUAUUGAUUAGUGUGAGUACAAACAGAGACCGUGUGUAUGUGGCUGAUAAUACAAGUGUGAUAACUCUAGACAUAGAGGGCAAUUAUCUAUCAACAUUUACUGAUCCUGAUUUAGUUCAGCCGCAUGGAGUAUGUACCGAUCAGAGAGGAAACAUACUAGCCUGUGGGUAUGGAUCAUCAAAUAUUGUGGGUUUAGUCAGGAUUUAGAAACAAGGUUAGGCGUAAUCAAAACAGACCAAGGUCCAUUAUCAGUCUGCUUUGAUCCUCACCAGAACAAGCUAGAUAAAAUAGUAAAAUGAGUAUAACUAACUAAAUAAAUAAAUUUGAAAUUAGCCAGUGUCACAGGUCAUAAAAAACGCAAGUUUGAAUUCACAAUAGUGUUUAUUUAAUUAACUGUAUAGUCUCUUAACCAGAAAAAUUAAUUCACUUUGCUUGCAUGCAUUUGUUUCAUAUAUCUUAACAGAUUCAUUACCUGUAGAAUUGAUUAUUUUCUGUAGAAUGCAUGUGCGUGCCUGCGUGCGACGUGCGUGCGACGUGCGUGCAGGCGUAGGUGUCGUUUUGGUGUAUAUUUUUCCAUAUACAUAUUCACAUGAUUAUAAUUUUCAGUUUAUAAACUGUUUGUAGACAAAUCAUUAUAUUCAUGUAUAAAGCUCAAUUAAAUGCUGUUCUGUUCUGUAAAAAAUAAAAGACAG